AUGUUGGACAACAGAUGGGUUGUGCCUUAUAACCCAUACCUGCUGCGGAUGUUCAAUUGCCACAUCAACGUUGAGGUCUGCUCCAGCAUAAAGGCCGUCAAAUAUCUUUACAAGUACAUUUACAAGGGCCAUGAUAAGGCUUCUUUCAGCAUCGACCAUCCCGACGCUGAUGGUAACAUUGAUGAGAUCAAGAGAUACGUUGAUGCAAGGUGGAUCACCCCUCCGGAGGCUAUGUGGAGGAUAUUUGGCUUUCCACUUUGCGCCAAUUACCCACCUGUCUUGCAGUUGCCUCUUCAUCUCCCGAAUAUGCACAGGGUCGCAUUCAAUGCGCAGGCUGACUUGAAGAAUGUUGUCGCCUCUCUGAAAAUAAUUCAAAAUCCAUGUCGCAUCGUGUCUGCCAAUCCUGCCGAGGGUGACCGAUACUACCUGCGUGUGUUGCUAAACCAUGUUACGGGCAAAACAUCCUUCGACGACUUGCUCACCGUGGACGGCGUUCUAUGUGGGAGCUUUACAGAAGCUGCUGAAAGGUUGGGACUCAUCGAGGCAGACAACAUGCUCGACAACUGUCUUACUGAGGCUGAGCAGUGGGCGAUGCCAUGUUCUCUUAGGAGGCUCUUCGCAACCAUCUUGGUGCACUGCGAGCCAGGCGACGUGCGUGGUUUAUGGGAUAGGCACCUCGAUCCUAUGUCAGAUGACUAUCGUCGAUCACGCACGUCCCCUAUCGAGGUCGAGCAGAUGGUGUUGCUUGACAUUAGGGGUAUGUUGCAGUCCAUGGGUAAAGACAUUGUUGAUUUCGCUCUUCCAAGCAUAGAUGAUGCGUUUGACCCAACCGAGGGUGAGGCAAGAGAGGUCAUCGUGGAAUCAACUGUUGAGUUUGACGUGGAUGAUACUAAAUUGGCAUCUUCCCUGAACUUCGAGCAGAGGGCCGCAUACGACGAGAUACUAGCAGCUGUUGAACGCGGUGAUGGGGGUGUAUUCUUUGUUGAUGGCCCUGGAGGUACAGGGAAGACCUUUCUAUACAGGGCGAUGCUUGCCAAGGUGAGGAGCGAUGGCAAUAUUGGUAUCGCUACCGCGACGUCGGGCGUCGCCGCUUCUAUCAUGCCUGGCGGCAGGACUGCCCACUCGAGGUUCAAGAUCCCAUUGAGUUGCGAUGAUGGAGCCUCGUGCAGCUUCACGAAGCAGAGUGGGACCGCCAAGCUGCUUAGGAUGGCCUCAUUGAUAAUAUGGGACGAGGCCAGCAUGAUGAAACGACAAGCGGUCGAGGCAUUGGACAAUAGCAUGCGCGACAUCAUGGGAAUACGCGACCGACCCUUUGGAGGAAAGACUGUUGUUUUUGGCGGGGACUUUAGGCAGGUGCUUCCGGUCGUCAGAAGGGGGUCGCGGGGCCAGAUAAUUGAUGCAACCCUACGAAGUUCUCAUCUAUGGAAGGGUAUGCGGCAGCUUCGGCUCAUCACCAACAUGAGGGCUCAUAAUGACACGUGGUUUGCAAAUUACUUGCUAAGGGUCGGCAAUGGCACUGAGGAAGUCGACGAUCAAGGCAACAUACUACUCCCUGAAGACAUUUGUCUGCCGUCUACAGGCGAGGUUGACGACCUGGAGAAGCUUAUUCACCACGUGUUUCCGAGUCUAGAUGACAACAUGUCUGAUUCAAAUUACAUGACAUCUCGAGCAAUCCUUUCCACGACAAACGACAAUGUCGACAAGAUAAACAUCCGCAUGAUAGAGCGUUUUCAGGGAGAUGAAGUAAUAUACCAUAGCUUUGACAGUGCGGAGGACGACCCAUAUGGCUACUACGCUCAGGAGUUUCUGAAUGGAUUGACUCCUAACGGUCUUCCUCCACAUGCACUCAAGCUAAAGCUGAACUGCCCUGUCAUACAUCUAAGGAACAUUGAUCCAGCAAAUGGAUUGUGUAACGGCACUAGGCUUGUUGUUAGAGGUUUUGAGAGGAACACCAUUGAUGCAGAAAUCGUGAUUGGACAACACGCUGGCAGGAGGGUCUUCCUUCCUCAAAUACCUCUCUGCCCAUCUGAAAACGACAUGUUUCCGUUCAAGUUUAAGAGGAAGCAAUUUCCUAUAAGGCUUAGCUUUGCUAUGACCAUUAACAAGGCUCAUGCACUCAAGCUAAAGCUGAACUGCCCUGUCAUACUUCUAAGGAACAUUGAUCCAGCAAAUGGAUUGUGUAACGGCACUAGGCUUGUUGUUAGAGGUUUUGAGAGGAACACCAUUGAUGCAGAAAUCGUGAUUGGACAACACGCUGGCAGGAGGGUCUUCCUUCCUCGAAUACCUCUCUGCCCAUCUGAAAACGACAUGUUUCCGUUCAAGUUUAAGAGGAAGCAAUUUCCUAUAAGGCUUAGCUUUGCUAUGACCAUUAACAAGGCUCAAGGGCAGACAAUCCCGAUUGUUGGUGUCUACCUACCCAAUCCCGUGUUCUCUCAUGGUCAACUCUAUGUUGCUUUGUCUCGAGCCACCGCAAAGAGAAACAUAAAGAUACUCAUUCAGAAGGAGAAGCCGAAGGAGAAGUCCAACAAGCAAAAGGACAAUCCAAAGAAGCGAAAAAGACCGACCGUGUCAUUACUAACAUCGAUGAAGAACAUCGUCUACAAGGAUGUCCUUACAGGCUGA